AUGAGAAAAGAUGCUUUUUCUGCUUAUUUGUUAGCACAAGGCUUUUAUAUUAUGGUUCACUUAUUUGUGAUAUUGAUUUUUUAUCUGUAUCCUAAUGAUAUAGCAAACUCUUGUACGGAAAAUGAUAUAUCUUGCUUAUAUUUCCCAACGCUAAAAAUAUCAGCUUCAAUUUUAUAUUUUUUUACUAGAAGAAAGCCUGGAUUUUUAAGUAGAUCAAAAAUUCUUCAGGAAAUUGAAUUGUCGAGUGAAGAAGAUUGGGAAAUUCCUAAGCAGGGCUAUUGUGAUGUAUGCAAUAUAAUCCAGCCUUAUAGAUCUCGCCAUUGCAAAAAAUGUGAAGAAUGCGUUGCUAAGUUUGACCAUCAUUGUUUCUGGAUUGGAUCUUGCAUAGGAGAGCUGAACCAUUUCCGGUUUUGUUUGUAUCUUGCAUUGGAAAGCGCCGCGAUUGAUUGGGCAGCUUAUAAUUGCUUAAGUGGACUAUCUGAGGAUCAAGAAGCUUAUGGCGCAUUUAUUGUAGCGCUUAUAAUUUCAGGACUUUUUGGGAUAUUGACGACUGGAUUGUGCAUUUUUCAUAUAUAUUUAGUCAGCUCUGGUUACACAACAUGAGAAUUUGUUAAAAGGGAUUCAAUAAAUUACUUUAAAAUUUACCCUUCAAGUUUUCAUCCGUUUGAUCUUGGAGUCAUUCAAAACUGGAAAGCAGCCAUUUUUGACAAAGAAAUUAGACAGUGGACUCUGCCAAGACCGAUGCCAGUUUACCCAUUCAAUUGAUGUGACAACGAAUAUUGGAGCUGCUGUUAA